UUUAAAAUGAGUGAUUUGCUUAAAUAAACUCUAAAAGGGUAGCAAAAGCAGAAACCACCAGUCCCAAAGAAAUAGAUGCAGAACGAAGAUGAGGAUGACGCUGAUGAGAAGGAGGAGGAAUAAGAUUAAUUUGAUGUAGAUUUUAACAAGAAUACGAUUCCUGUUAAGUUACAAGGAUCUAAACCAUAACCAAUAAAAGCAGAUCAUAAUAUUACUCAUUCCCAUCAUUAAAAUCCUUAAUAGGCAAAAGUAACUAAGAAGAUUCAUGAUUAUUCUCCUCAGCAUUGGAAUGAGUUUUAUGAUGAGAUGAUAUUUCAUCCAAAUGGAACACCAAUAUACAUCGCUGGAAAAAAUAAAGCGCCCAUAUACUUGUGUUUACACGGAGCUGGGCAUUCUGCAAUGUCCUUUGCGAAUUUGGCAAACGAAGUGAAACAAUAUGCAACCUUGAUUUCGUUUGAUUUUAGAGGACAUGGGCAAUCGAAAAUUGAAUUUGAGAAUCCAAACCUAAGUGUUUAGUAGCUAUUGGAUGAUGUGGUUGAAAUAUUCGAUUACGUGACUACAUAAUGGCCAAAAUAGACAGUGAUAAUAGUUGGCCAUUCUAUGGGAGGAGCUAUAGCAGCUAAAUCAGCAAAUUUAUUGAUAACUUCAUAAAAAGCAGACAAGGUUUAGGGUUUGAUAGUGAUCGAUGUGGUGGAAGGCAGUGCAAUUGAAGCAUUACCAUUUAUGGAACAAAUUGUAAAUAACAGACCCAAACAUUUUAAAUCUUAUGAACAAGCAAUUCAAUGGAGUUUGAAUACUUCAACUUUGAUGACUUUGUCUUCAGCCAGAGUAUCAAUGCCAGCCUAAUUGAAAGAAGUCAAAGAUUAGAAUGGGAAUUUGAUAAGUUUGGAUUGGAGAGUUGAUCUAUUGAAGACUGCACCUUUUUGGAUGGGAUGGUUUGAAGGAUUAACUAAUCAAUUCUUGCAAAUUAGAAUACCAAAGAUUUUAAUGUUGGCUGAGAAAGAGAGAUUAGACAAGGAUCUCACAGUGGCUUAGAUGCAAGGAAAGUUUAGACUGAUUGUGUUGUAGAAUACUGGUCAUAGCAUUUAGGAAGAUGAUCCCAAAAGCACUGCCUAUAAUUUCCAUGAUUUCAUAUUAAAAUUCAGAAUCCCAACUACUAUGGAAGAAGUCGAGAAACUUAAGCAAGUUGGAAUUGGAAAGUUUCAUCCCAUCAUUGGGAAUUAUGAAUAUUAAUAGAAAUAUUAUUGA